CGCGCACACAGAAUUCUGUAGUCCAAUCAGAGCUUUAUCACAGGAGGUAAUGAUUGAAGCGUCAUCACUUAGGGGCGGGGUUUCUGGACAACCUCCAAAACAGGCGCAGGUUGAGGGCGCGAGCAGUUAACCUCGCUGAAGACGCGCGCGCUGUCGGUGCGUCAUGAUGUAGGAUCUCCAUAUUGGACUUCCUGUUUCAGCUGCAGAGGAUUUAUUUAUGAAGCCUCACGCGGCCGCGGGGGUACAGCGUGCGGGUGUGAAUGCGGGAUGUGCGCGAGACUCACUGACGAGCCGGAUGUGCACGGUAUCACGCGUGCAUGCGGGAGAAAUAACGGUCCACCUCCAUUUCUGUUCGGAAACAGCGGACGCGUCUACUGCACCGGCUGUGUGGGACCGUUCCAGUCGCUGCACGUGGUGAUGCUGGGGCUGGACUCCGCAGGAAAGACCACGGUUCUGUAUCGCCUGAAGUUCAACGAGUUCGUGAACACGGUUCCCACCAUCGGCUUCAACACCGAGCGCGUACGGCUGAACAACGGCGCCGCACGGGGGAUCAGCUGCCACGUGUGGGACGUGGGUGGUCAGGAGAAGCUGCGUCCGCUCUGGAAGUCGUACAGUCGCUGCACGGACGGCAUCGUGUACGUGGUGGACUCUGUGGAUGCGGAGCGGCUGGACGAAGCCAAGGCCGAGCUGCAUAAGGUGGCGCGACUCGCAGAGAACCAGGGAGCGCCUCUGCUCAUCAUCGCCAACAAGCAGGACCUACCCGGCUCCCUGCCCGCCGCCGACAUCGAGAAGAGGCUGGCGCUGCGAGAGCUCGGACCCUCUGCCGCCUACCACGUGCAGCCCGCGUGCGCCAUCAUCGGGGAGGGGCUGCACGAGGGCAUGGACAAGCUGUACGACAUGAUCACCAAGCGCAGGAAGGCACUGAAGCAGAAGAAAAAACGAUAAACCCCUUCAUAGUUACUGCGACUGUAAUUUUUUAUAAAAAUGCAAGCGUGUUUAUAGAAUGAACCAAAUAAGAACUUUAACAUUUCAGGUGAGAUAAAAAAAAAAAAAAAAAAGUGAACUUGUUCUUUUCACUGCAAAAAAAACUGCUGGAAUUCUGCUGACUAUGUAAGAAAUAAACACAUCAGACAUACAUCAGAUACUAAUCCAAUCAAAUCAAACAGAAACAAAAAUAUCAGAUAAAUACAGUUCACUGGAGUAAAGUGACAAACAUCACCCAGAUCAAUGAUGACACCAUUCUCAAAAAGUGCAGAAUUAAAGUCUCCCUGUAGUUUUAAACCCUUUAGUUGUCAAAGUAUCCGUCAUUAAGAUUCUAUUACAGGACGGAUUAUUAGGACUAUAUGACAUCCAUACUGUGCUUUUCGGAGCUAUUGCCUGAUAGCAACGAUAUUUUUGAUAACAUUUGGAUUAGGAAGUUAAAUUCGAUAUAGAUUUUUAUUUGUCCCUCCUUAUUUUCAGUGUUUUUGUUUUGUAGCAUUACAUUUUUUGUAGGACAUCAAAUAAAAGUUGCAUUAAACAGGCAGAAAAAUUAUUGUUCAAAAGUUUAAAAUUUAGCAAAAAAAAACAGAAGACUGACUGGUCUGGAGAUUAUAUUUAAUAGCACACACACACGCGCACACGCACACGCACACACACACACACACACACACACACACACACACACAGAGUUUUAUUGAAAUUAUUAGCAAUGACAGCACUAACAGCAGAUCCCCAGCAGUCUGUGUGUGUAAUAAAACACGGUGUGUGUGUGUGUGUGUGUGUAUAACUCCGUUAUCAGACACAGUGAACUGAAAAACGGCUGAAUUUUGGUUCAAGCACAAAUUAGAGCAGAUUUCUGCAUGUAGGGAUUUAAUUUUCUAUAUUUAGUGGCUGAAAGGCCUGAUUCUGCUUUUGAGUAACACAGAGUCUAAAGAGGAAGCCGUGUGCUAAGAGUAAUGAAGCCCAUCCUGAAGUAUGGUUUAAUUAUCUGGAUAAUUAACUGUAGGCUGUGUGUAAUGAGCUGAAGAUCAGGUUUCUCUCCUGCACACUAAUUAUGCUGCUGUUUCAGACCACAACACUUCCAUCUUCCUGUGUUUAUAGAAUCUAAUCUAAUCUAAUCUAAUCUAAUCUAGCAGGUAGAAACCCAGCUGCUGGGAGAUGUGAGAUAAAGACAGGCUGGUUCCUGUGGUGUAGCUGCUUCUCCUGUUUCUGUAGACAUGUAGCGUUUAUAUGACUCCCAUUACAGCGCAGAGUUAAGGUGAUAUUGCGUGAUGGAAUCCACACCCAGGUACAGUCCAGCGCUGGAGAAGGAUCAGAGGUAACCCCAGAGCAGAUGUGUGCCACAUGUGAGUUGGAUCCUCAGACUCUAACAGUUGGUUCAGAAUAAAGAGUAAAGUUCCUCAGCGGUUCCUGGUCAGAUGUGUGCCAUGUCAGCAUGAUGCUUCUGCAGCUCAUAGCUCUGAUCUCACGUGCGUUUAGCUUCUGAACAUAUACAAGGCAUGUACUGACAACACGGCUUUAACAGAAGUGUUAGCAUCCACAGACGCUAGAAAAUCUGUUUGUUCUGCUGAAAUAAAACUAAAAUAAAAUCCUGUUCCACUCACACUCGCGUGUCCUUUUCAGCUAAUACGCAUCUCAUCGUUGUGUUGUGUGUAUGAAAGUUUAAUGAAGAGGUUAAAGUUAAUCAGAGUCAUGUUUUUACAGCCCUAUUCAGACAGGAUCAGUUUCUCUGUAUGACGUGUGUAUUAACACUCAUACACUUCUCCUAAAGCUGUGAUUAGAACAGCCCCUUUCAUGCACCUGCGCUUGUGAUGGAUUUGAUUCAGAUUCUUAUAUAUUCUCUCCUGCUAAUGCUCUCCUAACUAAAAUUGUUAAGAGAAUUAUCCUUCCUGUUUUUGGGGAGAUGGGUUAAUCUGGGACUGAAAAAAUCUGAUGAUUACAGAGCUGUCAUUUUCUCAGAGAAGCGGAGGAGGGAACAAAAUGCUGAUUUGGACAAACUCAGAAAAUCAGCCCAAAUGAUCAAAUACCUAAAUCUCUAGCUGAACCCCGUCUGAACAGAGCUUUAGAUAAAAGUUAAAUGUUGAUAUAAUCCUCAUGCUUCUAGCUCUGAGGUCCUGCACUGUUUAACCUGUAAUCUGAGCUAAAUAAAUGAAAUCAAGCUAGUGAAGACUCGUGUGUGUGUGUGUGUGUGUGUGUGUGUGUGUGGAGCUGGAUAAUGAGCUUGGUGAGAUUUAGAUUAGAUAUUAAGAUGUCAUACUCGUUACAUAAUUAGCAAAGCCAUUUUAAGCCUCAGUAAUCCCACAGACACUUCUGAUAUUUGACUUUUUGAGGCUACUGGACUAAAAUGAGCUAAUUAGCUAACAUGCUAGGAUAAUUAUCACCCGGCAUCUCACUGAGCUUGCUGACUUCAUCUAACCUCCCUUUCUUUCUCUCAGAGACUGGCCUAUUUUUGGUGCAGCAGGUAAUAAAACAUCUGUAUUACAGACUUUUCGAGUGAACACAGUUCCCAGAAGAGGACAGAAAUCAGAGCAAAAAAAACAAAGAAGGAUCAUAAAUAAUGAGUCUGCUAUGCUACGUCACGUGUCACUAUGUUUACACUUAUGAACAGAGUCUGUUCUUGUUGUGAAGUUUUAACAUGGUUAGCACUUCAUGCUAAGUGUAGCUAUAAUACAAUUUUAGAGCUACAAAAGGUUCUUUUGUAUUUUCCCCAAUAGAAUUAUGAAGGAUUUCAGGAGAACAUGCUUCUGUGAAACGUCUCUUAUGUCCAUGUCAUAAAACACGUGUAGUGUAAGUAGAGUGUGUAGUGUGAGUAGAGUGUGUAGAGUGUGUAGUGUGUGUAGACUGUGUAGUGUGAGUAGAAUGUGUAGUGUAAGUAGACUGUGUAGUGUGAGUAGAGUGUGUAGUGUGUGUAGACUGUGUAGUGUAAGUAGACUGUGUAGUGUGUGUAGAGUGUGUAGUGUAAGUAGAGUGUGUAGUGUGAGUAGAGUGUGUAGUGUGAGUAGAGUGUGUAGAGUGUGUAGUGUAAGUAGAAUGUGUAGUGUGAGUAGAAUGUGUAGUGUGAGUAGAGUGUGUAGUGUAAGUAGAGUGUGUAGUGUGAGUAGAGUGUGUAGUGUGUGUAGUGUGAGUAGAGUGUGUAGAGUGUGUAGUGUGAGUAGAGUGUGUAGUGUGAGUAGAGUGUGUAGUGUGAGUAGAGUGUGUAGUGUAAGUAGAGUGUGAGUACUGUAUAGGUACUGUGUGAGUAGAGUGAGUGUAGUGUUUAGUGUAAGUAGACUGUGUAGUGUGUGUAGAGUGUGUAGUGUGUGUAGAGUGUGUAGUGUGAGUAGAGUGUGUAGUG